CGGCUUUAAGCACGUAGCACGCGUUUGUGAUGGUGUGUCGUGAAUUCUGAAUUGAAUUAUGAAGACACUGGAUUUCGGAAUUGGAUUUUUUCUAGCGGCUUUGUUGACAGGCACGCGAGGUCUUCGAGAUGUCCGUAUCAACGUUCCCUCGGCGGUAGUUCGAGGAGAUGACGCCACUCUGCAGUGCUAUUACGAUCUGGAGGGCGAGCAGCUUUAUGCGGUCAAAUGGUAUUUGGGCACAACAGAAUUUUACCGGUAUACUCCCAAAGAGAUCCCUCCAAUUAAGCAGUUUUCCUCGCAGAGCGGCCUCACUGUACGUGAGGUUGACUCCAACGCCACUUCGGUGGUGCUCGAGCAUGUUCCUAGGAGUAUUAGUGGACGCUACAGUUGCGAAGUUUCAGCAGACGCGCCCAGUUUUUACACCGCUAUCCAAUCGGCAUAUCUGCAGGUUGUAGAUUUACCGCCAAGAGAUCCUUACAUAAGUAUCAACAAAACACGUUAUCAUAAUGGAGAAAUGCUCAAAGCUACGUGCACUUCAGAACAUUCAAAUCCUGCAGUUAAUCUUACUUGGUAUGUUAAUGGAUUGCCUGCGGAAUCUAAGUAUGUGCAUAAUAACAGAGAGAAAUCAGCUGAUGGACAAUAUCACACGUCCCACUCAGUGUUGAGGAUGAAGAUUACCAAGCAGUCGUUUGUAAAGCACCGCUUGAAAAUACGUUGCGUGGCUAGAAUGUACGAUAUUUAUUACAAGAGCCAUGAGAAAAGUGUCGAGUCGGAAAGAAAAAGGCACCAUCAUUAUUUUGUUACGACUACGGAGCCGCCCGUUCAGUGGGAGCUGGUGGAGACGCUUGGAGCAAAUCCAGAAGUUAGAUUUGUGUUUAAUUCUUCAGUUGGUACCUACUUCAGUAAGCCGGUAGUUUCAAUAGUGCAUUUUGUUAUGAUUUUGAUCCUGUUUAGAUGAUUACUACAAGAUAUAGAAUUACAUUAUAUACUGAAAUAACUUCCACGAAUUUUAUGUGAUACAAUAAUUAUAUAAAUGUGUUUUGUAAAUAAACGCUAUUGUAUAAAUGUUGAUGUUUUUUAGACAAAGCUAUUAACGCGCGAGGUUGUCUCUUACUCGUUGUUCUUCUUACUUAAUUGUUCUUGCUUUUGGCAAUUAAAAGUUACAGGAAGUAAACUCAAGCGGCGUUUAAUAUGCAUUCACUUACCUAAUUGAAGCUCAAAACGAUUUUCUGAUAAAAGAAAAAAUGUUUCGGUCAUUUUCUAAGCCUCAUUUUGUUGAUAGCGAUUGUCUAAAUGUAUAUAUUGUAUUUAUGUACAACUUACAGUAGGACUUCGAUUAUUAUAAAUGACUACAAAGUAUGAAUUUACUUUAAUACAAUUUCUGUUUUGAAGUAAGUUCAAAAACUCAUAACUUCAACUUUAAUAAAGAUGUGCAGGUACAGUGCGGAAGGAAUCAAAAUUAUUGUAAAUCUUGGCUUGUUGGCUUGAUGAAGACUGAUUUUUUUUAAGUGUCAGGUUUGGGUGUGCCCAUCUUUUUUAAAAAGUUUAUAACAGCGAAACUACAUGUAGCACAGUUAUUUUGUACUUUCAUUAAAUUUCUGAUAGAAGUAAAUAUUUUUUUUUUAGAAACCAGGAUUACAUGCUAAAUAUCCAUCAUAAGUAUUAAAUAAAUAUGCACAAUUAACAACCUACAAUUGCGACCACAAAGUGUGUAGCGUAAUUAUUAUAGGGUGUCCAGGCGAGUUGGUAAAGUCAAUUAUUGACCUUUAAAUGUUAUUC